UACCAUUCGUACAAUCCAUACCGCCUGACAACUCCGCGCCAGCCAUGUCUAUCCAGCUCUCAGGGUACCUUCAAAAUCCGUUCGUUCUCAUCACCGAGCGGCUCAUUAUCGUACCAACUCCAAUCGCAGUUCGAUUCAAUGCUUACGUCCAACUGUAUGGCAGCUUGCACGCAAGCGAGGCGUUUUGCCAAAUGGCUUUCGGUCCGCACUUCCUCGCUCGCAAGUUGAGCGACGAAGGCACAAAGAAUGCCAUCUUCACACGUGACCUUGAAAGAUGCUGGAAGAGAAGAGGGUUGGGUGAUUUGGCAGUCGCUUUGCGAAUCAGAGACGAUGGAUCGGACGUCAUCUCUAGUGAUAUUGGGAGAAGACUGGAAGGAGGAGAGAUCGUGAACAUUGUGCAGGUCAUUGAUGAUGGAGGGUCGAACAUAUCGCUUGGCGAACUAGGUUCCCAAAUCUUGAACGAUAUCGAGUGGGUCGGUUAUGCAGGUGUCCGAGACGCAACAACGACAUCGAUGCCCGACUGGGUUGAAGGCGAUGACCCGCUGCCGCCAUGGCAAGAGAUGAUUGAGCUGAGGUACGGCGUGCAUGGCAAUUACUGGGGCAAAGGUGUAGCUGGUGAAGCGGCGAGAGCAGUGAUGCAGUGGGCGGUCAGCGAGAAAGGAGUGAGACGGUUCAUUGCGGAGACGGAGAAGACAAACACGAGAAGCGGGAAGGUGUUGCAGAAGAUGGGCUUCAGAGAGAGCGGCACAAACUAUUGGAAGGAGCCUAGUGAGACCGAGUGGGAAAAGGUUACUGCGUAGAUCAAGAGCUAUGUCGUACGCGAAGGUCAAUCAUACUGACGGAUCGGAACCUCUCUCAUAGAGUCGGACCCAGUAACACCGUGGCACAUGCAGUCUGACAGGUGCCGUAUGCCGCAUUGCACACAAGAAUCGAUGCAGGAGCAGUAGCAGCCAGGGUAGCUCCCCAGGUGAAGCCUGUAGCAGAGUAGCAGGCCAUUACAAAUGCAGAGCAGCUUGUUUGGCAGAUACCAUAGCCGAUAGGUCCAGCCAAGACAAUCUUAGUGAGUAAGAGCAUGCCGGUGAAAGACGCCAGAGCAGAGGGAACGCACAUCAUGUGAGGGUUCGUUCACUUGCCGAAGGAAGAUGUUAUGUUGUCAAGGAAUGUUUUUG